CAAAUCUUGCGCAGAGGACACGAGGCAUAACCGCAAAUUUGAAUGGUUAACUGAAGACUGUCUGUAUGUUAUACUUAGCAAAAAUGUCCAAGACAAGAGGAAUAUAUAUUGAUUUUUCCAAACUUAAUGUAACUAACUUACUUUUAACGUCGUGACAACAGCAAGUGACCUCCUCCAUAUUUGAGUUAUUGUUGCUAGAACCGUCAUCGUCAGAAGAUGGUUUAUCACUGAUUACAUGUUGCAAUUCUUGAACUGGAACUGUACACUCUCCAAGUUUCAAUGCAUUUGAACUAGAUGGAUCCGCCGUAGCAACCUCAGAAUCUACUUUUUCUGAAAACUGAUCUGAGUUAUUUAUUCUACAUGCACUUCCGAGUCGGUAUUCCGAAAUGUCUGGCAUUGACAGAUACUAAAUAAAAUAACGUCGAUGUUUUCAAAGUUAAUAAUAAUCACGCACGAUGAAUAAUGCUACUAUGUAGUCAUUGCCUGAUAAUUACAGAGAUAAAAUAUGGUAAACAUGACAUUAAAAUGAUGAUAGCACAAUACAUCCACAGGAACAAUAGACAAUGGUUCAGCAAUUGGUCUUCAAAUAACCCACGCUUAGUGCAGCCUUGAAGUUUUUUUAAUGUGGUUCGACCAAACACUGAUCCAUAGUAAAUUGAAUAUAUCUCGGUGGCUGUUUUGAAAUUUCCGGGAUGUCGUUAGAAUACGCUCGAGUUGGUAAUAUUGAAGAUAUCACGUCAAUCGGUUCAACCACCAGCUUUCUACAGGCUACAGCAGCUGAGGUUAGAUCAACACGAGUAAACUGGCAAUCUUACCUUCAAGGACAAAUAAUUAAUGAUGAACAGUACUCAUUCAUAACACGACUUGAUAAUGCUCCUACUGCGGAAGCACGAAAUCAUGUAAUUAGGGCUGAUGAAAACAUGACCGCUAGGGUUUUUAUAUUCAUCCUAAAUAAAAUUUCGAAAGAACAAACAUUACGAUAUAUCCUUACACUUAUUGAUGAUAUGCUUCAGGAAGACAAAUUGCGUGUUGAAAUCUUUCGUGAUUACUUCUCCAAGUCAAAAGAAUCACUUUGGUCUCAUUUUUUCGGAUUUUUUCAAAGAGGGGAUCCUUUCUGUAUGUACCAAGCUUCUCGGAUAAUAGCAAAGUUCGCAUGUUGGUCUUCUCAACUUAUGGAGGAAAAUGACUUAAUUUAUUAUUUAAAUUGGCUACGUGAACAACUGACAAUAACCAAUAAUCAGUAUGACCAAACUGUGGCUCGAAAUCUUCAAAUGAUGCUUCGUAUCAGAGAGUAUCGUACUCAAUUCGCUAAGGUCGGAGGAAUCGAGACCAUUGGAGAUGUUUUGCAAGAAAAAUCAACUAGUCGUCAAUUACAAUAUCAAUUAAUUUUUUGUUUAUGGUGUAUGAGUUUUGAUUCAAUUCAUGUAACUGUUAUAUGUAAGAAUUCUGCAUUAUUGGCCACUGUAGCUGAUAUUUUCCUUGAAGCAGAUCGGGAAAAAAUUACUAGAAUUUCAUUGGCAUUCUUUCGUAGUAUUUUAGAAAAAUUGCCUACAAACGCUGAACAAAGAGAUUGUGGUUUACGUUUAGUUCAAUAUAAAGUCUUAAAAGAAUUAGAAUUACUGAAUCAAAAAGACUUUAGUCAUGAUCCUGAAUUAACUGAAGAUAUUUCAUUCUUAAAUGAGAAAUUAUCAGCUAGUAUUCAAGAUGUAAGCAGUCUUGAUGAAUAUAUGGCUGAAUUAAAAUCUGGUCGAUUAGAAUGGUCACCUGUUCAUAAAUCAGAAAAGUUUUGGUAUGAAAAUGCAGUGAAAUUUACAGACAAUAAUUAUGAAAUGUUAAAAAUGUUAGUACGAUUAGUCGAACUGGGUACUGAUCCAUUAACAUUAUCUGUGGCUGUACAUGAUAUUGGAGAGUUUGUAAGACAUUAUCCACGUGGUAAACAAAUAAUUGAAACACUUGGCGGUAAACAAUUAGUGAUGGCUUUACUACAGCAUGAUGAUCCAAAUGUUCGUUAUAAUGCUUUAGUUUCAUUGCAAAAAAUAAUGGUACAUAAUUGGGAAUAUUUGGGUAAACAAUUGGAUUCAGUUCAAAGUACUGAUGUGAAAUCAACUGGAGUAAAAGUGAAAUAAUAAUAGUAGUAGUAUUAUCAGUAGUAAUGAGAAAAACUCACAAAAAAAAAUUUUCGGUCAGUCAUUCAUUACUAUUGUUACUUUAGUAUUUAUUCUUCUAGAUUAAUGUUACUGUUAUCGUUAGUAAAAAAUUUUGUUGUUGGUGUUGUUAUUGUUGCUAUAGUUAAUCUUUCAUAAUGAUUUUUUCAUUAUUAUUUAUUUCAAUUUAUCAAUGAAAUCACAAUAUAGAUAAACAUGCAUAAUAAUAAUAAUAAUCGAUUUUUGUUUUGUUUGUUUUUGUUGAUCUUUUUCCAGGUUUUUUUUUCUCUUUUUUUGGUUCUUUUUUUUCUUUUCUAAAUGGUUUAAAAGAUGAUUAUGAUCAAUUGAUUUUUUGAUAUUUAUUAAUUAUAUAUUAUAUCAUUAAGUUGAAUGUGUAAGGGUAAACAAUUUUAUUGAUUAUUUAUGUAUUAAAUUAUAAUUCUAUUUCAAUU